AUGAAAAUGGCAACUGCUGAGACAAUAGUCGCACAUGGUUUGCCUUCUAAAAAGGAAGUAAUAAGUUCUAAAAGAAUUUUUCCAGAGUAACAUAAUAGAAAGGGAGCAUUUCAACUCACUUGGGAUAUUCAAGGAGUAUUUCCAAAGAUUGCUUAAAAGAUUGGAGUGAAACCAGUGCCUGAUGAUCCUCCAUUACCACCUAAACCAAAAUAUAUUCCACCACCAUUGCCUUAGAAUUAUGUUCCUCCUCCUAUAAAAAAAUAAGGCAAAAAGACUGGGAAACCAUAACUAGUCCCUGAGAGGUAAAGUUAUGAAGAAAGCAUUGCAAAAAAAACAAUUAGAUAAAGCAGAAAAUCACUAUCAAAUACAAACUAUGGCAAAGAAUAUGGCAGUUUUUAUAGUAUGGAUAGGUGUUUUUUGAAACGUGAUAAAGAAUUCAUCAAAAAAGAGGUUAAAGGAUAUGGUAACUUUUAUGAGAAAUCGCCUGAAGGGAGAUUUGUACAGGUUCCAAUGCCUCCCUUAUCGUAUAAGUAUUAAUAUGUAGCCUCAACAGAAUUAUGA